CACAAUUUAUUUAAACACAGGCAAGAAUGCAGUUAUGGUUACAGCCAAACGGUCCUUAAUUAGCUCUCAAACUAUAUCAGUAAUUGUAUUUACGCUUAUACCCUCACGAUCUCUUCCAAUUAACAAAACACAACCAAAAGCCCUAAAUUUUACUCUUUUCUCUCGUCGACGCCGUCCAUACACCUCCGACAUAUCGCCGCCGCAAAUUUCGGCUAAGACUUCAGAGAAUCCACAACAAUGGAGUACGUAAACCCUGAAGGUCUUCGAUUAGAUGGUCGCCGAUUCAGUGAAAUGAGGCAAAUCGUAGCUGAAAUUGGAGUUGUUUCUAAGGCUGACGGCUCUGCUCUUUUCGAGAUGGGUAAUACGAAAGUAAUCGCAGCUGUUUAUGGGCCAAGAGAGAUUCAAAACAAGAGCCAACAGAAGAUUGAUCGUGCAUUGGUGCUGUGUGAGUAUAGUAUGGCUCAUUUUAGUACUGGUGAUCGUAGAAGACAGAAGAACGACAGGCGAUCAACAGAGCUAUCUCUUGUCAUUCGUCAAACAAUGGAAGCAUGCAUAUUAACCGAAUUGAUGCCUCAUUCUCAGAUUGACAUAUUCCUUCAGGUUCUACAAGCUGAUGGAGGAACAAGAUCGGCUUGUAUCAAUGCGGCGACUCUGGCCCUAGCGGACGCUGGAAUUCCGAUGCGUGAUCUUGCAGUUUCGUGUAGUGCUGGAUACUUGAACAGCACUCCACUUCUUGAUCUCAACUAUGUCGAAGAUAGCGCGGGAGGAGCUGAUGUAACCGUCGGGAUACUACCGAAAUUAGACAAAGUGACACUCCUUCAGAUGGAUGCAAAGUUACCGAUGGAAACGUUUGAAACAGUGUUUGCGUUGGCUUCUGAAGGCUGCAAGGCGAUUGCAGAGAGGAUACGCGAGGUACUUCUAGAAAACACCAAACAGCUAGAGUAUCGUCGCGGAGCUGCAUAAACUUUUGGGUGUUAGAGAAGAAACAAAACGAGAAUGUCCAAGAUUUUAGUCAAUGAGUUUGUUAAAUUUUACUGCUAAUCUUGGAAGUUCAGGAUCAUAAAUUGGGAUUCUCCCAAACUUGAAAGUUAUUAAUGGAAAGUUAUGCUAUUCUUGGUUAAU